GCCGCGGCUCACACUGCCGCCGCGCCGCGCAGGAGGAGCAGGCAGCCGGCCGGAGCGCCGAGAGGGGACGGCGCGGCGCCGCCAGCCCGCCCGCCGAGCACGGCCGGCGGCUCCGAGCGGGACCCCGCGCCGCUGCCCGCCGCCGCCGCACUUUCUCCGUUCCCCCGCGGGUGCCGGGGCGCAGCAAGGAGGCAAGGGGGAGGAAGAGAGCCCCGGCGCCGGUGAUGUCCCUAGGCAGGAGCUGAGCGCUGGGGAGGGGCCGCCUGCCGCCCCAGGCCCCCGGCCCCCAAACUUUUGGGCGGCUGCGGGAGCGGCCCCCAUGGUGCCCCCCCCCAGGGCCAGCGCGCAGCCCUGCGCUUCCCGUCCCCCUCCCUGACGCGGGGCGCAACGCCCGGGGAGGAGCCCGGCUGCCAGCCCCGCUCCGGAUUUGGGGGUCCCGGCUCCGCACGUCCCCGGGGAAGUUGCACGUGGUGGGGAGCUGCCCGCGGACGCCCCCCAGCCCCACCAGGAGCCUUUGACCCCGCCGUCUCCACCUCCCUCUGAGCAGCGCUGCUGCGGGGGUCCCUGCGCCGGAGCCCGGAGGACGCCGCGGUGCCCGGCCGGCAGCGGGGACCGGUGCCGCAGCCGCCCGGAUUAUAGAGUCGGGGAAGUUGGCCCCCCGCACCCCGUCUCGGCGGAGCCAUGGCCCGGCUGCGGAGCUGGGGGCUGCUGUGCUUCGCGGUGCUCGCCAUGCCCGGCCCCCCGGGAGCCGGCGCCCAAGACGAUGUCUCCCCAUACUUUAAGACGGAACCAGUGCGGAGCCAGGUCCAUCUGGAGGGGAACCGCCUGGUCCUGACGUGCAUGGCAGAGGGCAGCUGGCCCCUCGAGUUCAAGUGGCUGCACAACAGCCGGGAGCUGACCAAGUUCUCCCUGGAGUACCGGUACAUGAUCACGUCGCUGGACCGCACACAUGCCGGCUUCUAUCGCUGCAUUGUCCGCAACCGGAUGGGAGCCCUGCUGCAGCGCCAGACCGAGGUGCAGGUGGCCUACAUGGGGAGCUUCGAGGACAGCGAGACACAGCAGAGCGUGUCCCAUGGGGAGGCGGCUGUCAUCCGUGCACCCCGCAUCGCCAGCUUCCCCCAGCCGCAGGUCACCUGGUUUCGUGAGGGCCGGAAGAUCUCCCCCAGCAGCCGCAUAGCCAUCACGCUGGAGAACACCCUCGUUAUCCUCUCCACGGUGGCCCCGGACGCAGGGCGUUACUACGUGCAGGCGGUGAAUGACAAGAACGGGGACAACAAGACGAGCCAGCCCAUCACGCUGACCGUGGCCAAUGUGGGUGGCCCGGCUGAUCCCAUCGCACCUACCAUCAUUGUCCCACCCAGGAACACCAGUGUGGUGGCCGGGACCUCAGAGGUGACUAUGGAGUGCGUGGCCAAUGCCAGGCCACUGAUCAAGCUGCACAUCAUCUGGAAGAAGGAUGGGGUGCCCCUCUCCAGCGGCAUCAGUGACUACAGCCGCCGGCUCACCAUCCUCAACCCCGUGCUGAGUGACAGCGGCUACUACGAGUGCGAGGCUGUGCUCCGCAGCAGCAGCGUGCCCGCCGUGGCUGAGGGCGCCUACCUCUCUGUCCUGGAGCCACCACAGUUCAUCAAGGAGCCGGAGAGGCACAUCACAGCCGAGAUGGAGAGGGUGGUGGCCAUCCCCUGCCAAGCCAAAGGCGUGCCCCCCCCCGAGAUGGCCUGGUACAAGGACGCUGCCCUCAUCCACCUGGAGAAGCUGUCCCGCUUCCAGCUCCUGGCAGAUGGCAGCCUGCAGAUCAGUGGGCUGGUCCCCGACGACACCGGCAUGUUCCAGUGCUUCGCCCGCAAUGCGGCUGGCGAGGUGCAGACCACCACGUACCUGGCCGUGACCAGCAUCGCACCCAACAUCACCAGGGGUCCUCAGGACAGCACGGUGAUUGAUGGCAUGUCUGUAAUCCUCAACUGCGAGACCUCGGGGGCUCCACGCCCGGCCAUCACGUGGCAGAAAGGGGAGCGGAUCCUGGCCAGCGGCUCGGUGCAGCUGCCGCGUUUCACCUUGCUGGAGUCGGGCAGCCUGCUCAUCAGCCCUGCGCACCUCGCUGACGCCGGCACCUACACGUGCCUGGCCACCAACUCCCGUGGCGUGGAUGAAGCAUCUGCCGACCUGGUUGUCUGGGCAAGGACACGUAUCACCGACCCGCCGCAGGACCAGAGUGUCAUCAAAGGGACCAAGGCUGUCAUGAGCUGUGGGGUCACCCACGACCCCAGUGUGGAUGUCAGGUACAUCUGGGAGAAGGAUGGGGCACCGCUGAGCCCGGAGAGCGGCCCAAGGGUGCGCCUGGACAAGAUGGGCAGCCUCCACAUCUCCCAGACCUGGUCGGGUGACAUCGGCACCUACACCUGCAAGGUGGUCUCAGCCGGGGGCAACGAUUCACGCAGUGCCCACCUCCGUGUCCGGCAGCUCCCCCACGCCCCUGAGAGCCCCGUGGCCACCCUCAGCCCCCUGGAGAAACGGGCCAUCAACCUUACCUGGGCCAAGCCCUUCGACGGCAACAGCCCCCUGCUCCGCUACAUUGUGGAGGUCUCCGAGAACAAUGCGCCCUGGACUGUGCUGCUGGCCAGUGUGGACCCCGAGUCAACAACGGUGGCGGUGCAGGGCUUGGUCCCUGCUCGGUCCUACCAGUUCCGCCUCUGCGCCGUGAACGACGUGGGCAGGGGGCAGUUCAGCAAGGACACGGAGAGGGUGUCCCUGCCCGAGGAGCCCCCCUCCGCACCCCCUCAGAAUGUCAUCGCCAGCGGCCGCACCAACCAGUCCAUCAUGAUCCAGUGGCAGCCGCCCCCCGAGAGCCACCAGAACGGUGUCCUCAAGGGUUACAUCAUCCGAUACUGCCUGGCUGGGCUGCCUGUGGGCUACCAGUUCAAGAACAUCACCAAUGCUGACGUCAACAACCUACUCCUGGAGGACCUCAUCAUCUGGACCAACUAUGAGAUCGAGGUGGCGGCAUACAACAGCGCUGGCCUGGGGGUGUAUAGCAUGAAGGUGACCGAGUGGACUCUGCAGGGAGUCCCCACGGUGCCUCCGGGGAACGUGCAGACUGAGGCCACCAACUCCACCACCAUCCGCUUCACCUGGAACCCCCCCAGCCCCCAGUUCAUCAACGGCAUCAACCAGGGGUACAAGCUCAUCGCCUGGGAGCCGGAGCACGAGGAGGAGGCGGCGGUGGUGACAGUGCGGCCCAACUUCCAGGACAGCAUCCACGUGGGCUACGUGGUGGGGCUGCGGAAAUUCACCGAGUACUUCACCUCGGUGCUGUGCUUCACCACACCGGGGGACGGCCCGCGCAGCCCCCCCCAGCUGGUGCGCACCCACGAGGAUGUGCCUGGUCCCGUGGGACAUCUCAGCUUCAGUGACAUCCUGGACACGUCCCUGAAGGUCAGCUGGCAGGAACCACUGGAGAAGAACGGCAUCCUGACAGGCUACCGGAUCUCCUGGGAGGAGUACAACCGCACCAACACACGGGUCACCCAUUACCUGCCCAAUGUCACCCUGGAGUACCGCGUCACCGGCCUCACCGCCCUCACCACCUACACCAUCGAGGUGGCUGCCAUGACCUCCAAGGGCCAGGGCCAGGUCUCCUCCUCCACCAUCUCCUCGGGGGUGCCACCAGAGCUCCCCGGUGCCCCCACCAACCUGGGCAUCUCCAACAUUGGACCCCGCUCUGUCACCCUCCAGUUUCGCCCGGGCUACGAUGGCAAAACCUCCAUCUCCCGCUGGCAGGUGGAGGCACAGGUGGGCCAGAGCGGCGAGGCCGAAGAGUGGGGGCUCAUCCACCAGCUGGCUAACGAGCCCGAUGCCCGCUCCAUGGAGGUGCCCAACCUGAAGCCCUUCACCUACUACAGUUUCCGCAUGCGGCAGGUGAACAUCGUGGGCACCAGCCCCCCUAGUCUGCCCUCCCGGAGGAUCCAGACCCUGCAGGCCCCCCCGGACAUGGCACCUGCUAACGUCACCCUGAGGACAGCCAGCGAGACCAGCCUGUGGCUGCGCUGGAUGCCCCUCCUGGAGCAGGAGUACAACGGGAACCCCGACUCAGUGGGCUACAGGAUCCGCUACGUGCGCUCAGACGGGCGAGGGCAGGCAGCGGUGCACGUCAUCCAUGACCGUGUGGAGCGGGAGUACACCAUCGAGGACCUGGAGGAGUGGACUGAGUACCGGGUGCAGGUCCAAGCCUUCAAUGCCAUCGGCUCGGGGCCCUGGAGCCACUCGGUGGUGGGACGCACCCGGGAGUCAGUGCCCUCCUCUGGCCCCAGCAACGUGUCAGCACUGGCCACCUCCUCCAGCAGCAUGCUGGUCCGAUGGAGCGACAUCCCUGAGGCAGACUGCAAUGGCCUCAUCCUGGGCUACAAGGUGAUGUACAAGGAGAAGGACUCGGAUGUGCGUGCCCGGUUCUGGCUGGCGGAGGGCAAUGCCUCCCGCAGUGCCCAGAUGACCGGGCUGGGUAAAUACACGCUGUACGAGAUCCGUGUGCUGGCCUUCACCAGGAUCGGUGACGGCGUGCCCAGCCGGCCUCCCAUACUCGAGCGGACACUGGAUGACGUGCCCGGCCCCCCCGUGGGGAUCCUCUUCCCUGAAGUGAGGACCACCUUGGUGCGGCUCAUCUGGCAGCCGCCCGCAGCACCCAAUGGCAUCAUCCUGGCGUACCAGGUCACCCACCGCCUCAACACCACCACGGUCAAUGCAGCCGCUGUGGAGGUGCUGGAGCCCAGCGCCCGGCAGUACACAGCCACCGGCCUCCAGCCCGAGGCCACCUACCUCUUCCGCAUCGCGGCACAGACCCGCAAGGGCUGGGGCGAGGCGGCCGAAGCCCUCGUGGUGACUACAGAGAAGAGAGACCGCCCGCAGCCCCCCGGGAAGCCGCUGGCGCAGCAGGAGGAGGUACGAGCCCGCAGCGUGCUGCUCUCCUGGGAGCCGGGCAGCGACGGGCUCUCCCCCGUCCGCUACUACACUGUGCAGACCCGCGAGCUGCCCGACGGCAAGUGGGCACUACACUCCGCCUCUGUCAGCCGCAACACCACCGCCUUCGUCGUGGACCGGCUGAAGCCCUUCACCUCCUACAAGUUCCGCGUGAAGGCGACGAAUGACAUCGGGGACAGCGAGUACAGUGAGGAGUCGGAGUCGCUCACCACCCUGCAGGCGGCCCCCGAGGAAGCCCCCACCAUCCUCUCCGUCACCCCACACACCACCACAUCAGUGCUCAUCCGCUGGCAGCCCCCGGCCGAGGACAAGAUCAAUGGGAUCCUGCUGGGUUUCCGUCUCCGCUAUCGUGAGCUGGUGUACGACAGCCUGCGCGGCUUCACCCUGCGCAGCAUCGGCAGCCCUGGCACCACGUGGGCCGAGCUCACCCCCAUCUACGCCGUGCACAACCUCAGCGAGGUCUCCCUCACCCAGUACGAGCUGGACAACCUGAACAAGCACCGACGCUACGAGAUUCGCAUGAGCGUGUACAACGCUGUGGGCGAGGGCCCCCCCAGCCCCCCUCAGGAGGUCUUUGUGGGUGAAGCGGUGCCAACUGGUGCGCCACAGAACGUGGCGGUACAGGCAGCCACAGCCACCCAGCUGGAUGUCACCUGGGAACCGCCACCCACCGAGAGCCAGAACGGGGACAUACAGGGCUACAAGAUCCACUUCUGGGAGGCCCAGCGCCAGAACGAGAGCGCACGGGUGAAGACACUUUUCAUGCCUGAGAAUGGGGUGAAGCUGAAGAAUCUGACGGGGUACACCUCCUACUGGGUCAGCGUCGCCGCCUUCAACGCCGCAGGAGACGGGCCCCGCAGCACCCCCAUCAAGGGGCGGACGCAGCAGGCAGCUCCCAGUGCCCCCGGCUCCAUCCGGUUCAGCGAGCUGACCACCACCUCGGUGAAUGUGUCCUGGGAGCCACCACCGCUGCCCAACGGCAUCCUCGAGGGCUACAGGCUGGUCUAUGAGCCCUGCAUGCCCGUGGACGGUGUCAGUAAGAUUGUGACAGUGGACGUGAAGGGCAACAGCCCACUGUGGAUGAAGGUGAAGGACCUGGCAGAGGGUGUGACAUACCGGUUCCGGAUCCGGGCCAAAACCUUCGCCUACGGGCCGAACGUUGAGGCAAACAUCACCACGGGGCCUGGGGAAGGUGCCCCUGGCCCACCUGGUGAGCCCUUCAUCUCCCGCUACGGCUCAGCUAUCACCAUCCACUGGUCAAGCGGGGACCCCGGCCAAGGGCCCAUCACCAGAUACGUUAUCGAAGCCCGUCCUUCAGAUGAGGGACUCUGGGAUAUCCUCAUCAAAGACAUCCCCAAGGAAGUGACCUCCUACACCUUCAGCAUGGACAUCCUGAAGCAGGGGGUCAGCUAUGACUUCCGUGUCAUCGCUGUGAAUGACUAUGGCUAUGGGACCCCCAGCACACCUUCUCCCUCCGUGUCAGCCCAGAAAGCCAACCCGUUCUACGAGGAGUGGUGGUUCCUGGUGGUCAUCGCCCUGGUAGGGCUCAUCUUCAUUCUCCUGCUUGUCUUCGUGCUCAUCAUCCGUGGGCAGAGCAAGAAGUAUGCCAAGAAGUCAGACUCAGCCCCCCUGUGCAGAGUCCAGGCCCCCCCUGACUGUGCUGCCUGGGGAGGGUCUGGGGGAGGCUCAGCAUCCCGUCCCCCAGGGAACAGCUCCAAGGCGACCGCUCUGAGCCACGGUGAGAUGGUGAGCCUGGAUGAGGGCAGCUUCCCCGCCCUGGAGCUCAACAACCGGCGCCUCUCUGUCAAGAACUCCUUCUGCCGGAAAAAUGGCAUCUACACCCGGUCCCCGCCGCGGCCCAGCCCUGGCAGCCUCCACUACUCGGACGAGGAUGUGACCAAGUACAACGACCUGAUCCCCGCCGAGAGCAGCAGCCUGACAGAGAAGCCCUCCGAGGUCUCCGACUCUCAGGGCAGUGACAGCGAGUACGAGGUGGACCCCGGCCACCAGAAAGCUCACUCCUUUGUCAACCACUACAUCAGCGAUCCCACCUACUACAACUCGUGGCGGCGGCAGCAGAAGGGCAUCUCACGGGCGCAGGCGUACAGCUACACUGAAAGCGACUCAGGGGAGCCUGACCACGCACCCCUCUCCAACAGCACCUCCACGCAGCAAGGCAGCCUCUUCCGCCCCAAAGCCAGCAGGACUCCCACCCCCCAGACACCCGGCAACCCCCCCAGCCAGCCCGGUACCCUCUACCGCCCACCCAGCAGCCUGGCCCCUGGCUCCAGAGCCCCCAUCGCUGGAUUUUCUUCUUUCGUUUGAUAUUUAAACAGAAGCAAAAACAAACAGGAGGAAAAAAUUAGAAAAAAAUAAAAAAGAAAAAAGAAAACCCCCAAGAAAUUAAGGAAAAAUUAAAAAUCGGCAAGGGGGAGAAGAGGAGGAGGAAGAGGUGGAGAGGCCGAAGGGCCCCAGGCAUGGCAGUGGUGCCAUGGUGGGCAGCGGCCCCAGGUUCAGGCUCGGUGCCGCAGCGGGUGCUUUGCUUCCUCGGCAGAGCCGGAACAGAACGCCGAGCGCCUUCCCUGGGGCUGGGGAGCAAAACCCAGCUCCUCUUCUUGGCCAAAGCUUUCUGUGCUAUGGAGCCCUUGGCUGAGCUGGGGCAGGAGGACUCGGCGUGCCAGCAGGAUUGCAGGGACUUUGCCCUUGGCACCUGCUGGGCUGGGCGCAGGGGGUCUUGCCAUGCCAAACCCCAGCCCCUUUGUUUGCAGCUCCCCCGGGACAUGGAACAAGUGGUGACACGGAGACCCCAGCUGCAGAGAGGAAGAGGAGCUCUGCUGAUCUUAAAACCUCUGGACAUGAAACCCCCACCCUGGACCCCCCAGCCUCUGCGAGAAGAGGGCACCCACUGUGCUAGGAACCCAGGGGACAAUUAAUUCUUAUCCUCGUUUGUGCCUGGCCCAGCACAGCCCCCCUAGGAGAAGCCAGGACUGGAACGCCAGGAGAGCCGACCAGGGUGCAUAUGGUGCUGAUGUCCCCCCCCCCAGUUUUGCACCCUGGGGCUGUGCAGGGGCACGGGUGAGGGCUCAGAGGGGGCGAUGCAGUGACUGUAGCCACCCCUCUGCGUUUCUCGUGGUUUGGGGAUUUUUUAAAUGGGGUUUUGUGCAGAGGCCUGGGACCAUAACGGGCAUGCAGGGGUGGCAAUGCCUGGGGAGGGAGGUCUGUGGCUGGGGGCAUUUUGGUGGUCUCUGCAUAGCAAAACCCCUGCAGUGCCUACCGGUGAGCCAGGCACCAGCCCGGUGGGGCCGCGGCACCCGGGCUGAACCGAGGGAGAUGCCAAUAAACAGC